AUGGCUACAGUCCAAAUUGCUUCAGAUGACCAGAAACCUAAACGGGGCCGCCCAAGAGGUGGCAAAGCGGACAUCGCAGAGAAACGCCGCCAACAACUGCGCUUAGCACAGAGAGCCUAUCGCGACCGGAAAGAAAAUACAAUUAAUGAGCUCCAAAAGCGCGUAGAGGACCUCACAGGCCAAAUCGAACAGAUCAACCAGUCUUUCAUCGACUUCAGUGACCUCUUAUUGGAAUCGAAUGUGCUGGCAGAACAUCCCAGCUUGAUAUCAUCCCUGGGAUGCCUGACUCGAAAAUGCAUUUCAUUGGCGCAGAAUAUGUACGAUGGCGAGGGCGACGCUCCAAUUAAUUAUUCCAAAAGCCUCGAGUCGCCGAGUGCGAACAUACUUCAACGCGGUGUCGACUCAGAUGAGACUCCGACAAGGGAUAUGACUGCCUCAGACCUACACGACUACACCAAAUAUUCGUCUCCAACAUCAUCCAAGUGGCUGAAGCCAUCAACGAGCAGCUCACCGCAAGGACUUCACCAAGAUAAUCCAAGCGCCAUUUCAGAAGCACCUCUGGCAACGAUCGAAGUGUCGCCUCCAAGUGUCGGCCUUCAACCACCACUAUUCGUACCAUAUUCACCUCCAGUAGAGGCCGGACGCGUCGAUUUUAUAAAAACCCUCGUGCAGCGCUGCUGCCGCGGCGCAUAUUCUUUACUGGUCAACCCGGAGGUCAACAUUCCGAAAGUGGAAAUGGUAUUUGGCUCGAUACCUCUAUCCCCAGCCCGAAAUGCUAUCAUUUCGUCCCUCUAUUAUGUCGCAAGUGUGGGAGAAGAAAACGACAUUGCACUCAGGGCUAAUGUCCUUGCUAAGCUGCGGGAACAGCUAACCCGAGAGCCAAUGGAGAAUUCUGAGGCUUCGGCCAGAGCGUGGGAUAUCGCUUUCGGGUCUGUUUCGGGAACGGAAUGGCUGGAUGCAAAUCAGGUAUUGAAGCUCCUGGUUGCGAAGGGCAUUCAGGCUCGGGGAAAUGACUUGUUCAUUCCCAUUCAGCAUGCAGGCAUUGGAGUAGCUCCUGAAUCUGCAUUUCUUUUUGAUAUGGCCACGUUCAUUAAAGCUAUAUCUGUUCGGGCAAUUUGCAUGUGCCCAGGCCCGGCUUUUAGGCGGCGAGACAUCGAGAACGUGCUAGACUUCUUGGUUGCACAUUAUGGGACGAUUAACAGACAGCAUCUAUAG